UUAUUUUGUGUUUUUUGGAUUAAUGCUAGCCUUGUUGGGGUGAGAUGGUAUCUCAUUGUAGUUUUGAUUUGCAUUUCUCUGAUGGUUAAUGAUCAUGAGCAUUUCCUCAUGUGUGUGUUAGCUACCUGAGUGUCUUCUUUGGUGAAGUGCCUGUUCAUAUUCUUUGCCCAUUUUUUAAUUGGGUUAUUUGUCUUUUUGUGGUUAAGGUUUUUCAGUAUCUUAUAGAUUUUAGAGAUUAGACACUGAUCGGAUUUUUCAUAGCCCAGUUUUUUUUUCCCCAGUCCAUAGGUUGUCUUUUUACUCUUUUGGUGAAGUUUUUUGAUGAGCAUAAGUGUUUGAUUUUUAAGAGCUCCCAGUUACCUAGUUUCUCUUCUGAUGUUUGUGCAUUGGUAGCAAUGUUUUGUAUUUUGUUUAUACUGUGUAUUAGGGCUCCUAGCAUUUUCCCUAUGUUUUCUUCCAUGAUCUUUAUUGUUUUAUAUUUAGGUCUUUGAUCCAUUUUGAGUUAGUUUUUGUGCAUGAUGUGAGGUAUGGGUCUUGUUUCAUUUAUCUUCUGAUGGAUAUCCAGUUAUGCCAGCACUGUUUGUUAAAGAGACUAUCUUUUCUCCAGUUAAUGGACUUUGGGCCUUUGUCAAAUAUCAGCUGCUCAUAGGUGGAUGAAUUUACAUCUGGAUUCUCAAUUCUGUUCUGUUGGCCUAUGUAUCUGUUGUUGUACCAGUACCAGGCUGUGUCGACUACUGUGGCGGUAUAAUGGGUUCUAAAAUCAGGUAUUGUGAGGACUCCCACUUUGUUCUUCUUUUUCAGCAAUGCUUUACUUAUCUGGGGCCUCUUCCCUUUCCAUAUGAAGUUGGUGAUUUGUUUCUCCAUCUCAUUAAAAAGUGCCACUGGGAUUUGGAUCAGUAUUGCAUUGUAUCUGUAGAUCACUUUGGGUAGAAUAGACAUUUUCACAAUGUUGAGUCAUCCUAUACAUGGGCAAGGUAUGUUUUUCCAUCCAAGGUUGUAAUCUUUACGGGAGCAGACUGUCACAUAUUUUUCUCGCAAAGUGGCUGGUGCGUUUGAACUGCCAACCAUUCAGUUAGCAGCCAAGCGUUUAACCACUGUGCCACUAGCGUUCCUUAGGGAAAAGGGUAUUGGGUGGCAAAAAGGGAACCAGGGUGUUCCUUUCUAGAUCACAGACUAUACAAGUUGAUGAAGAUUUCCUAAUCUUAGAUUUUUCCUGUAUUGCUUUGUGCUGUAGGGAAGGAAAGGGAGAACUAUUCCCAUCUGACCCUCUUUUUGUUUUCUUACCCUCUUUACAGUGAAAUUACAGAAGUCACACUAAAUAGCAGAGAUAGGGCUGGAUUCCUUGCUCAGCCAGAUCCUCCACAGAGGCUGACACGUCAUUUAUAUGGGUUCCAAGAAAGAAUUGAAGGAAAGAAACUGCAAACAUUUUUAUAUGCUUCCAUCUCAGGAUGCUGCAAUCAGUGUGUCCAGAAAAAUAAAUGAAAAGAGAAGAAUGUCUUCUAAGCAAGCCACCUCUCCAUUUGCCUGUGCAGCUGAUGGAGAGGAAGCAAUGACCCAGGAUUUGACCUCAAGGGAAAAGGAAGAGGGCAGUGAUCAACAUGUGGCCUCCCAUCUGCCUCUGCACCCCAUAAUGCACAACAAACCUCACUCUGAGGAGCUACCAACACUUGUCACUACCAUUCAACAAGAUGCUGACUGGGACACCGUUCUGUCGUCUCAGCAAAGAAUGGAAUCAGAGAAUAAUAAAUUAUGUUCCCUAUAUUCGUUCCGAAAUACCUCUACCUCACCACAUAAGCCUGACGAAGGGAGUCGGGACCGCGAGAUAAUGACCAGUGUUACUUUUGGAACCCCGGAACGCCGCAAAGGGAGCCUUGCCGAUGUGGUGGACACACUGAAACAGAAGAAGCUUGAGGAAAUGACUCGGACUGAACAAGAGGAUUCCUCCUGCAUGGAAAAACUACUUUCAAAAGAUUGGAAGGAAAAAAUGGAAAGACUAAAUACCAGUGAACUACUUGGAGAAAUUAAAGGUACACCUGAGAGCCUGGCAGAAAAAGAACGGCAGCUCUCCACCAUGAUUACCCAGCUGAUCAGUUUACGGGAGCAGCUCCUGGCAGCGCAUGAUGAACAGAAAAAACUGGCAGCCUCACAAAUUGAGAAACAACGGCAGCAAAUGGACCUUGCUCGCCAACAGCAAGAACAGAUUGCGAGACAACAGCAGCAACUUCUGCAACAGCAGCACAAAAUUAAUCUCCUGCAGCAACAGAUCCAGGUUCAGGGUCACAUGCCUCCGCUCAUGAUCCCAAUUUUUCCACAUGACCAGCGGACCCUGGCAGCAGCUGCUGCUGCCCAACAGGGAUUCCUCUUCCCCCCUGGAAUAACAUACAAACCAGGUGAUAACUACCCCGUACAGUUCAUUCCAUCAACAAUGGCAGCUGCUGCUGCUUCUGGACUCAGCCCUUUACAGCUCCAGAAAGGUCAUGUAUCUCACCCACAAAUUAACCCAAGGCUAAAGGGCCUAAGUGACCGUUUUGGCAGGAAUUUGGACACCUUUGAACAUGAUGGUGGCCACUCUUACAACCACAAACAGAUUGAGCAGCUCUAUGCAGCUCAGCUGGCCAGCAUGCAGGUGUCACCUGGAGCAAAGAUGCCAUCAACUCCACAGCCACCAAACACAGCAGGGGCAGUCUCACCUACCGGGAUAAAAAAUGAAAAGAGAGGGACCAGCCCUGUAACUCAAGUUAAGGAUGAAGCAGCAGCACAGCCGCUGAAUCUCUCAUCCCGACCCAAGACAGCCGAGCCUGUUAAGUCCCCAACUUCGCCCACCCAGAGCCUCUUCCCAGCCAGCAAAACCAGCCCAGUAAAUCUGCCAAACAAAAGCAGCAUCCCCAGCCCCAUUGGGGGAAGCUUGGGAAGAGGAUCCUCUUUAGAUAUCCUGUCCAGCCUCAACUCCCCUGCCUUGUUUGGGGAUCAGGAUACAGUGAUGAAAGCCAUUCAGGAGGCUCGGAAGAUGCGAGAACAGAUCCAGCGGGAGCAACAGCAGCAGCAGCAGCCACAUGGUGUUGAUGGGAAACUGUCCUCCAUGAAUAGUAUGGGUCUGAACAACUGCAGGAGUGAGAAGGAAAGAACACGCUUUGAGAAUUUGGGGCCCCAGUUAACAGGAAAGUCAAGUGAAGAUGGAAAGCUGGGCCCGGGUGUCAUCGACCUCACUCGGCCAGAAGAUGCAGAGGGAAGUAAAGCAAUGAAUGGCUCUGCAGCUAAACUACAGCAGUAUUAUUGUUGGCCAACAGGAGGUGCCACUGUGGCUGAAGCCCGAGUCUACAGGGACGCCCGCGGCCGUGCCAGCAGUGAGCCCCACAUCAAGCGACCAAUGAAUGCAUUCAUGGUUUGGGCAAAGGACGAGAGGAGGAAAAUCCUUCAGGCCUUCCCCGACAUGCAUAACUCCAACAUUAGCAAAAUCUUAGGGUCUCGCUGGAAAUCCAUGUCCAACCAGGAGAAACAACCUUAUUAUGAAGAGCAGGCCCGCCUAAGCAAGAUUCACUUAGAGAAGUACCCAAACUAUAAAUACAAACCCCGACCGAAACGCACUUGCAUUGUUGAUGGCAAAAAGCUCCGGAUCGGGGAAUAUAAGCAACUGAUGAGGUCUCGGAGACAGGAAAUGAGGCAGUUCUUUACUGUAGGGCAACAGCCUCAGAUUCCAAUCACCACAGGAACAGGUGUUGUGUAUCCUGGUGCUAUCACUAUGGCAACUACCACACCAUCACCUCAGAUGACAUCUGACUGCUCUAGCACCUCCGCCAGCCCAGAGCCCAGCCUCCCGGUUAUCCAGAGCACUUACGGAAUGAAGACAGAUGGUGGAAGCCUAGCUGGAAAUGAAAUGAUUAAUGGAGAAGAUGAAAUGGAAAUAUAUGACGACUAUGAAGAUGAUCCCAAGUCAGACUAUAGCAGUGAAAAUGAAGCCCCGGAGGCUGUCAGUGCCAACUGAGGAGUGUUUGUUUGCUGAAUUAAAAUACUCUGACAUUUCAUCCCCCCUCCCACAACAAAAAGUUCUUAAAGAGCCCGCAUGCAUUUGUGGCUCCACAAUUACAUCAGCAGAAUGGUCUUAAUUGUUUUGUAAAGCGUGAGACAGAUUAAGUUUUUCCUGACUUUUCAUGAACUUGAGUUUUUGUCGUUAUUGUUAUUAUUGUUGUUGUUGUUUUUUAAUUUAGGUGAAGACAUAUUAAAUAUGAGACACCAGGACUUGAAAACUUAUCUCAACCCAUAGCUGUCUUACAAGUCUUAUAUUUUUGUCUUACUUUUUUUUUUUUUCCUUUUGGAUGUUGAUAAAGGUUUAAGUUAACUGUUUUAGAUGGGGUUAAACAUUCUCACUCAGGUAUGCUGUGCCGGCCUACAGGUUGUGAAUGUGUUUUUAUUCUGAAUUAUUUUAGAGAACAACUGAGGAUUUCAUAUAUUGUGAAACAGAACAAGUCCACGGCGUGAGCAGCUGCAUGUAAAGCAUGUUCGGAAGGCCUCGGAAUUCCAUUUUUCCAUGUGUAGAGUUAAACUCUGAAUGUGCCAAACUCUUUUCAUAACUUUUGAAUCUUAAUAUUUUGAAAGUCUUAAAGGAGACACUGCAAAGUCUUAGACAAUCUUUGGCAUCUUAAAAUAAAAUAGCAAACCACAACUUUUUUUUUUUUCCAGAAAAUGGUAAAGUACUCAGGAAUCUGGAGACAAGAUAUUGUAAGGAAUGAACAAGGUUGCCACAGUGCGUGUACCCAAUUGUGUUUGCCUCUUGAUGUGCCAUCAGUGUGUGACGUGGUAUGACGUACGCACACCAGAGCGAUCACCACACAGACACCAACAUGGUGGUCUUCUCCGCCUGAGGCCACCUCUCACUACAUCCAUUAUCCCUUUGCCUUUAACCCUGACAUUCAGUCUUAACACAUUUUCUCUUAAAUAAUUUAUUCAUUCCAGAAUGUCAAGGGUCCACUUACUAUUUAUUUAAAAAAAAAUAUUGUUGGUGGCAUUAAUUUAAUAAUUCUUGUUUUUCACCCUCCUUCCCAGAAGAACUUCUCAGCCCUUUUUACCUCCUUCGCCUGCUAGAUACAAAAGAUGUACAUAGUAAUUGUAUGUCCCCAUAGCAUCUGGAAGCAUUUCUGAAACAAGAUACUAUUAAAUACCUGUAUUGUUGUUCUUAAACACGAGUGCAUGUCUGGCUACAGGGAUGUAUAUUUGGAUAUAGGUGUAUAACCUUAUACGUAAAUAGGUAUGCCCCUGAGGUUCGCUGUAACCUUGAAUCUUUUGCCAGAAUUUUCCCCUAAUUCAGUUCAGCAACACGUGGUUGGGUCGGCAUCAGUGGAAUUUCCCUGAAUUCAGUUCAGCUGCAAGGGUCAACAGCGGUGACUGCCAGGCAGGAGAGUCCCACAGCCAAACCUGAAGCCCAAGGUUGUGGGCCAUGCAGGAGACUACAGUGAGGCUGUCAGGGGCAGGCACUUUUACCCUGAGUUGCUCCAUUCCAGCUUACAUGACUAGGGAGUUCUUUGCAAAACCCCCAGGAUACAAGAAGCCACAUGGUAGCCUCAAAGCAAAGAUAGAGGCAGAUAGUCAUGAUACAUUCAGAGAAUGAAAGAAAAUCAUAGGAAAGGAGAAGGGGGGGAAGUACAUUCCCUAUAUGGGAUGUUCCUACUGUUAACUCUGGGGAACAGAUAUCUCCUGGUGCAGCAGAAGAGCUCCCCUGGCUGACUGACUCCCUGUAUCUGUGGCCACAUGGAACGCAUGCCUACGUGUGAGCAAGACUAACUGUCACACAAGCCUUUCCCUGGAGGUGUGCUGAUGGGCUGGGAGGUUUCUUUCCCCAUCUCCUAACUACAGGGAGCUCUGCCCUGCCAUUUUGACCUUCCUGAAACUAGGACUGAUUGCCCAUGGGAGACCUCACCCAGAGUGGUUUAAUGGGAGAAUGUCAGUGAAUGGGAAAGUUCACCUCAUGGGACAACCCGGAAUCUGAUCACCAGGACAUAGGAACGGCCCCAUCAGAUUUCUUGAGCCAUUUUGCCGCUUGGAAGAAAACAGUAUACCUACAUAUUUAUUUAAAGAGUGCUCAAGGCCAUACCUAAUAGCAAUAAAUAGGUCUAGCCAAGGUAUUACCAGCUAUGCCAUUAGCUGGGCGUGCUCUCUAUAAGCUGAUUAAGGUACUGAUAGAAAUGUUUUGUUCUUAAUAUUGGUUGGGGAUUGGAACUUUGUUUUUUGUACAUUUAUUUCAAAUGAGGAGGAGGUCAUUUUUCUCAAAAAAAGAAAGAAUAUUUAUUAUUGUCUUACUGAUUUCUCUGAUUAUAUACCUCUCCUCCUCAGUUCAUUCUUACAUUUUCUCUUUCUCUUUGGCUUUUGCUCUCUCUCUCUCUCUUUCUCACUCCUUUUUUAUUUUGUUGCAUAGGUAGAGUGCUGGAUGGCUAGCGUUGUAUUGUAUGUAAUUAAUUUUGCACAAAGGCAAACAUUUAGAAUAGUAGGUUAAUUUUGUUUGUUUUUAUGACCAUGCCAAAAUAAUAUUCUGGGCUGGUGGAGAACAAAGGACUGUUCUUUAGGACUGAAACUUGAUUUUGCUUGUAGUAAAAAAAGAAAAAAAGAAAAACACACACUCACAGAUGUUGUUUCGUAAGUGUUAUAAGCACUGGAUAUAAAUGGUAUUUUUUAUCACUUCUGACUAAUGUGAAACUGUUGUACGAAAACUCAUGAACAAAAGUCAUCUGUUUCGACUCGUGUGGGCUUGCCUCACAGUUGCCGGAUUUGAGUCAUUUUUAUGUCUUGUUAUUUCAUUUAUUUAUGCAAAAUACAUGUGUGUAUGAACACUUUGUUUUAGCUCCAGCCCUGCCUCAGUACUGGGGUUCAGUUACUUGUAGCCAUGUUCUCAAAAAUGAAAGGCUAUUCAAGAAUGAUCUGAUUGUAAACGUCCCUUUCAUUAGGUCAAACAGUGAUGCUGUAUUCCAAUCUAAAUUCUGUGCCUAAGCAGUUUAUUCUAUUUAUUAGCCAACUUUGGCUCUAAAUAUCCAUGGAAAUUGAGAAUGACAAUCGUAGGAAUCACUUCGUUUUAAGUGGGGCUUAAAACAAAGUUUUUAUGACUUUACCAUCUCAUUUUAGAUUUUUCUAAUUAUGUAAAUAUAACAUAGCAAUAGAGUUUUAUUUUGGGCUCAUGAAUACUUAGCAAGGUAUAAGUUAUGUAUUUCCUUUUUGUUCUCUAUCCACGUGUGUCGGUCCAGACAAGAAGUUGACAAGUCACUGUACCUCAUAGGCAUAGUGAAUUAUCAGCCACAGUAGAAGAGCAGUGUUGGACCUGAAGCUGGGACAGCAAAACCUUCACUCCUUCACUCGAGUUCUCACGUAGCCUAGAACCGACUGUCCACGGAUUCAGAGUUUUGCUGUCUCUUUCUUACACAAAGCUGAUGAAUUGAACAUUCUAAAUCUCCAGUACGGCUGGGAGUCAAUUUGCUUUGCAAAUUCACAUAAAACUUAUGAGAUAGUUCCGUGACCCUUUAAUAGCAAGAAGAAUGAAUGCCAUUAUAAAGGCAAAAAUUCACUUUUGAGAUUGGCCAUUAUUAAAAGCCCCACCAUGCCAAUUAUAUUAAAGAAUGUUAAUCAACUUUUUCAGUGCUCAUCAUUUCCGAGUAUCUUCAAAUCAGAGAUAUAAAUUAUCUCCACUUUGUUAAAGAUCUCACAGGAAUUGGACUUUCCCUCUCAAUUGGAUUAGGGACACUAGCAGACAAUCCACUCCUAAAAAAUGGACCAUAUAAAAUAGAAAGACAGACAGAGAAAGAGAAAAGAAAAGCUUGUCAAUCUUCGGGCAUGAGCAGCCAGGCAGGCAAUUUCUCUGUUUCGUUGGCAGAUGUGAUGCAGUAUCUUUUCCAGAAAGGUACCAAAGUUUUGUUGUUUUCAUGCACUUCCAGCUCAGCCUUUUAGGAGCGUAUCAGUUUGCUUCCUUUGGUAUUUGACACUCUUCAGCCUUGCCCUCAGGGCUGAUUUGAUUUGCCAGGGUCUUGACACCAACUCCCAGGCCAAGUUCUAAAUUCAGGUGUGGGCUCAUAGUGCUAUUGAGCUUGUCAAAUUCUGGCCUCCCCUGAACAUUAGACCCAUGGGAGCCUGGGGUGUUUGAAAGGGUGUGAUCACCCUCCAGCUGAAAUUAAAGGCUGUUUUCUUUUCCUUAUGAAGCCAGGCUGCUUCUUCGGAGCACACCCUCCUGAGCCAGGAGCACAGGCACUAGCUGAAAGCAGGGAUUGUUUCGAGGAAGUCCAUCUGCCGCCAGUAGGAAAGCAGCCUGGUCAUUUGAACAUCAGGGCUGAGGCUGCUUCUUUCAGUUUACUCAUUUUGCAGAGAAAUGAUCUCUGCCUACUCAUUUGGGAAAGGAAAAAAGAAUUAGUAGUUUCAAAGCAUGUGAGAAAUCCUGUACCAAGUGCCAACAACUGCAAAGACAUGCAGCUAGAGGAAUGUAUUGAAAUCAUUACUGGGUCUUCCUUUUUAAUGAGAAAAUGACAAAAAUCAUUGCUGUAGCCUUGCCUGAUUUUGUACGUGUUUGUCUAAAGGAUUGAGUUGGCACUUAAGCUCACUUCUCGAAGUAUAAUAAUAUUGUAUGACCUUAUUUGUCCUUUUACAAAAGCACUUGCAUCAUUUCCUUAAGUCACCUGCCCCUGACAUGUUUCCUUCCUUAAUAAACAACUUCUAUCUGUUAUUCCUGCCGAUUACGUUCUAUCUGUGAUGCCAUGUACUAUUAAGUGUGUGUCCCUAUGCUAACAUCUUGGAAAAUGUUGAUAUGCAAACAUAUUUCUUUUUCAUCCCCAUCCCAUCUUUUCCUUUGGGGACAGACUGCUUUCCAAAAGCUCAUGAACAAGUAUUCAGAUUGCUGGUACCUUUGGGGCAGAGGUAGGGGCACAGGGUGGGGCAGGGAGGGCAGAAAGGUAAUGCUUAGUGCAGAUACUCUUCAAAUUGGUGUUCGUGGCAAUAUGAAAAUUUGAAGGCAACUCAGUAACAUGUCUUGCUCAGUAGUUUCCUGUUCCUGAAGAACCACAAGCAUAAAAUGAGGCCUCAGUGCUGGUGCUCUUGGAGUAUGGGGAAUGUGCAAAUAUUUACCUGUUUUGUAUGCUGCACAUUGCAGACCUGCUCAUGUGCAUUCUCUCCGUUCGUCUUCCUUUGUCAUAUGUGUUUUUGCUUUUUUGAAAGUGCAGUCUUUAUUGUACCCUUCUCCAGCUUGUAGCAAAGUAGAAUGCUUAGCAUUUAUGUUCAUUCAUUAUUGUAUUUGCCAUGUAAAAUUUUUAUUACCUUAGACGAGCUUAUAAGCUGUUACUACAUAACUUAUCUUACUGUAACUCUUUUAUUUCCUGACAUUGUAAUUUGUUUGUGAUGUAUAUUGUGAGAUUGUAUUCUAUGUUAAUUUAAUCAGCACAAUUCACUGACAUGCUGGACUGACAUGCUGGCUGCUGUUUCAAAUUGUAAAGUUUGUGUAGGGCUGUUGGGACAACUGCAACUCUGUUGUCAAGGUACUGUGCUUUGGUUCCUAUAGCAACACUGUGGGUGUGGCCCUUGAAAUGCUAAGGGCAUUUAAUACACCCUCGAGCAAAUUUUAACCGCAGAUUUUCUUUGUAGAAAUUCUAUGUAUAAUGCAGGUACCUACUUGGCCCAUGGCUGGUAACUAUUUGGGCAAUUAGAAAAAAAAAAAAAAAAAACAUUAAAAA